CCACUCGGAAGAAGUCAUUCAUCAGUCAGCCAACUGUCUCCCCCAAACUAGACCUCUCGGCAAGGUGUCUGGCCGCCGCCGUCGCGGUACGUCUCCCCGGUAGACAGUCCCCCCAUCCCCUCACCCACGUGACCUCACCUUGAUUCCUCCAGCUGACAGUAGCAGUGAAGCAGUAGUAGUAGUGGGUCAUGGCGACGAGUGCGAAACGAAAACAGGAGGACACACAUCUGAAGAUGCUCCGGGAGAUGACCAGCCUUCCCCCGAAUCGGAGAUGCUUCGACUGCGACCAACGCGGCCCGACCUACGCCAACAUGACCGUGGGCUCGUUCGUCUGUACCACUUGCUCUGGGGUCUUGCGAGGGCUGAAUCCCCCACACAGAGUAAAGUCCAUCUCUAUGACCACAUUCACACAGCAUGAGAUCGAGUUCCUACAGAAACACACCAAUGAGGUCUGUAAACACAUCUGGUUGGGUCUCUAUGACGACAGGACCUCAGUUGUUCCUGACUUCCGGGAACCGCAAAAAGUGAAAGAAUUCCUUCAGGAGAAAUAUGAGAAGAAAAGAUGGUAUGUCCCCCCGGAGCAGGCCCGGGCAGUGUCCACCGUCCAGGCCGGCGUGUCGGGCUCCUCGGCCAGCAGCACCGGCAGCACCCCGGAGGUCCAGCCCCUCAAGACCCUGCAGCUCACCAAGACCCCCCCACGCCAGGUACCGGCU